UGCCCCUCCCCAAGAUGGCGGCGGCGGUGGCAGGACGACGGUGAGAGGGGCGAUGGCGGCUGAGGAGCCGCGCAGCCUAUUCGCGCUGAGCGCGGCGGCCGUGAGCCGCAGCAUGGCGGCUCUGGAGCGGGACGUCUGGGCGCUGCCCGGACACCUCCUGCGGGGGCUCCUGCCGCUUCUCACCGUCUUCCACCUGGAGCGGGCUGAGGGCGCGGCGCAGAGAGCAGGCCUCUCGACACAGCCCAUCUGGCGCAAGCUGUGGGAUGAUGUGAUGAAAACCAGGCCGCCCAACUCGGAGAAUAUAACCUGUUGGAGGAAGAAGUUCCUUGAAACAUUCUUCUCGAACGUUCUUCACGGUGUCUUGGAUGUCUCCUCUGACUGGCGUCUGCACCACCAUCACUUCUCGCCGCUGCUCCACAGCUCCCCACACGUUUCCCAGCUUACCCUCUGCAACAUGCUGCAGGGUGCGGUGGAGCUCACUGCUGAGCACAACCAGAAGGUGCUUGAAAACCUGGCUGGCUCCCUGCGGAUCCUGAAGUUCCAGCACCUCCUCUCCUCCGACCAGUCCAUCAGGCGUUCGCUGGUUUUACUUCUUCACCGGCUGAUUCACCAUGGCUCUGUCAGCCAAGUGUCCAUGUAUUCCUGGCCUGUUCCCGACACAGUUCUUCUCGUUCUCAUUUUGAGCAUGAGCGCUGGGUUCUGGCGCUCAGGCAAUGCCCUCACAUAUCACAGCAGCCCAUGUGGCUUUUGCAAAGAGGAGGACAAAGCCCAAAGCCAGGAGCUGGCACAAGAGCGAGCAGAGAGGGGUUGUUAUGAUGAGAGGGAGCGGAGCAGUGAUGAGAACCAGAAGGAAUCUCCCAGGGAAGCUGACAUGGAGGUGAAUGGAUGUGGGGCUGAUGCUCAUCUGAACUCUGUUCUCUCUGGAUGGAGAAGUUCUCUGCAAAACCAAGUGUGUGAGGAGGAGGCAAGCAGCAAGGUGCCCUGUGACCACACCAGCGUUCAGGGAGGAUCUUCUUGUUGUGUCUCAGAUCAGCUGUCCUGUCACCGUGUUCUUCAAAAGACCCGCAGACGACUAAAAUCUGCCGUGGGGAAGAAACGUCGCUGUGUCAGACGAAGCAGGGGACCACAUGCUGACCAAGAAGACCUGUAUGAUUUUGUUUUUACUGUUGCUAGAGAGGAUAAUUCAGGGUUACUCAACAAAAACAAUGCCACAGAGAGAGGAAACACCGAGAACUGGACUAGUUCCUCCCCAGGAUCUCCGUGCACUGGCCAUGCUGGCUGUAAGAAAAGAGGAGGAUCUGCUGGGAUCUUUUCUCUCAAAGCUGCUCAGCGCUUCCGAAGCGUGUCCACGCUGGAAUUGUUCUCCAUUCCUUUGACUGGGGAGACAUGUCGGACUCUGAGUAACCUGCUGAGCUCCUGGGUGUCUUUAGAAAACUUGGUUCUGUCUUACAACGGCCUGGGUGCUAACAUCUCCUGCAUCCUCUCGGCACUCCGGGCCCUGUCCCGCCACUCGGACUGCCACCUCCGCGUGCUGCGCGUGAGCGACGUCUUCUCCCACAUGUCUUGCAUGGAGCUUGUUCGCUGCAUCCUGAGCGCCUUUCCCCAGCUCCACACGCUCUCGGUCAGCUUCGACCUCAAAAACCAGCUGGAAGGGAACAGGCCGGAGAGGAAUCCAAGCUGCAGUGAGGUAGAAAUCCCAGCAAGCUGCCUGGAGCAGCUGGAGAUCCGGUUCCCUAGGGAACCUCUGCACACCGCAUUGCUGCUGCCAGUGCUCAAGGCAUCAACGUCCCUCCAGCAGUUAUCCCUUGACAGUGCUACGCUGCCCUCUUCUCAGGAGCUUGGGCUCCUUUUGGAGGCUCUCAAAGAGUGUAAUCCAAAUUUGAAGAAACUGAGCUUUCAUGACGUGAACCUGGCUGAGCACCAGAAAGAAGUUCUGCUUUUGCUUCAGGAUCCCAUCCUGCAAGAAAUCACGUUUUCCUUCUGCCGGCUGUUUGAAAGCUCUACUACCGAGUUCUUGUCAGAAAUAAUUAAUACAGUGAAAAGAAAUUCAGCUUUGAAGAGUCUCAAACUGCCUGGGAAUCGCCUUGGAGGGCCAGAGCUGAACUGGGCUCAGAGAGGAGGAGAAUGGGUUUGUACCUUCUUCAUUGGAACACAUGCCCAAGAAAAGCUUAGAGAAUGCUGCAGUAAGCACAUACAACCUCAGGGAUCUCCAGCAUCUUUGAGACAUCUCAUUGUCACUUCUAUAAAUGAGUCAAAAACUCCAUCUUAAAAGCAGCUUUGGUUUGCUGCUCCCUUGGGAGGCUGCUGCAAGCACUUCCUGCGUCCCUGUGUACACUUGUUCUUGGGCAUCAGCAUGAACAGCUCUGUUCUCACUGCCCCCGUCAGAGCCUGUGAAUGCCUCUGCAUUCUUUUAAUCAUCUUUGGUCUUCAACCUGAACUGCUUCUCUCUCCUUGAGCCUGAAGGCUCAGGUUGCUGAGAGUGCACAGGCUUGACAGUUUAACCAUGGCCGCUCCUUCAGCUGCCUUGAAUCCUGAUUGUCACUGUGCCUCUCACAACAUUAAGUCCAGCAUGCAACUUCAGAUUUAUUUACACAUUAUGCAGGGGAAAUAAGUUAAUCUCCUAGAAACCCCCAGGACCUGACACAUGCUCUCCAGAUUUUCUCGUAAGGAAGAGAUAAAUGAUUACUUACUGCUGGGGCCUGUAGGUUGGACCAGGCAGUUGACAGCUGCUGCGAGACUGCAGUGCUUCUGGCACCACUUAACCAGCAGCUUGGGUCCAGCAACAUUUUAAGGCCACAGCUAAGUCUACUUCAGUCAGUAGAAAGGAGGCCAGGAUACUAAAUUUAACUUGUCAGUGGUUACCACCUUCAUUUUAAAAAACUUCCAGCCUUUCAUAUUGCUGUGCUUAAGUUUUAUUGUUCAUCGAAACCAGCAGUUACCACAAUGAACAGUAAUUUAAACUGCUAAAAUUAUAGCCUAGACUCUUAAUGACUUCUUUUUCUCCUCCUUUCCCUGGAAAGCUCAAAUUGCAUCAAACCUGAUGGGCUCCUGGAGUUCACACAGAAGCUGGAAGGCUACAUUCAGCAGAGAGGGGGACAGAUUCAAUUCACACACCUCCGCCUCUUCCAAAAUUGGCUGGACCAGGAUGCUGAAACAGCUCAAGAAGCACUUCGGCGUCUCAAAGCUGUGUGCAGUGUGGUCAACGACUCGUGGGACUCCUCCCAGGCCUUUGCUGACUACAUCAGCGUCAUGUGAUGGUGUCGCAGGACAGAUGGACACAGGAGUGGGAGAAAACUGAACAGUUUGAACUAAGCAGUUCAGUCCCUGGCCAGGUAGCCUCCUGUUUAUCUGCAGUCAUGUUGCCCCCUCCAACAUCUGCAGUCAUUUUACAGAGGUUUUGAAUAGUUUGUUCUUUUGUAAUGUUUUUAUAACAAAAAUAUAACUAAGACCCAUAAUGUA